AUGAAAUUAAAUGAUGCUUUAACCGACAUCAUCACAAUUAUAAUUCGACGUCUCACGAGAAGACGUUGUUGGAAUGAAAAUUUAUUUAGUUAUUUAGCAAUCAGAUAUUCAACCUGGUUAACCAUGAUAUUCACCCUCAAUCUCACCCGCUUCCCACCAUUAUCAAAAAUAGCAGAAAGAGAAUUUCAAGGAAGUUAA